CACAACUUUCUGUUCUACCCGAAAUGGCUGCGAACAGUGAAGACGGUGAACUGGCAUGUACAGCUGACAAGGAGCCAGGAGAGACCAGCAGCAUGAAAUAUCCUCCUGAAUUGUUUGAACUAAGGAUAGUGCUGGUGGGGAAGACUGGUGUGGGGAAGAGCUCUACUGGAAACACCAUCUUGGGCCAGGAGGCCUUUGAUGUGUCUGAUUCUGCCAAGUCAGUGACCAAAGAGUGUAUAAAGGCCAGAGCAGAGGUUGAUGGCUGUAAAGUGUCUGUGGUCGACACUCCUGGUUUAUUUGACACUGACCUGACAGAAACAGCAGUGAUUAACAGACUGGUUGAAUGUAUCACUCUGUCCUGUCCUGGACCACAUGUCUUCCUCCUGGUGCUCACAGUGGGUCGCUUCACUGAAGAGGAUCAACAGACGGUGAAGAGACUUCAGUGGAUCUUUGGUGAUAAGGCAUCUAAAUACACCAUCGUUCUCUUCACUGGGGGCGACCGACUAAACAACAAGACCAUAGAGGAGUAUUUGGCUAAGGCUGGAAAUGAGCUGAAUCAAGUGGUGGAGACGUGUGGUGGACGCCAUCAUGUCUUCAACAAUGAGAACAUGGCAGACCGCACUCAGGUAACUGGACUGAUGGAUAAGAUCUUUAAGAUGGAGUCGGAAAAUGAUGGUGGAUGCUACACCAACGAGAUGUAUAAAAGUGUGGAAAAAGCAAUUCAGGAAAGAGAGAAAGAGAUGAGAAAUGAGAUGGACAAAAAUGUGGAAAGAGCGAUUCAGGAGAGAGAGGAAGAGCUGAGAAAUGAGAUGGAAAAUCAAGUUAAGGCCAGAGAUAAGGAAAUAGUCCAGCUACGCUGGGAGCUCAGAGAAAGAGCAGAGAGAGAUGUGAAGAAGAAGAAAUUUCCACAGUUCAGAAAAGUCACAGAGCAGUGUAAACAGCAGUGAUAGUUCCUCUUCCUUAACAGAGCAAACCUAAAUUUGUUCAGCACAGUAAAUACAAAUUUAAAGUAUGCAUUUGUAGAUAUAUUGUUGCUGUCAGAACAAAACCUUAUAUCUCCAAUUUUGUUGUUCUUUUUUUGUAAUUUUUUUUUUCAUAAUGUAAAGGACAGCUGGUAUUUUAAUAUUGUGUUACAAUUUCAUGAUGAAUGGCCCAAAUCCAGUUCCAUUAUCUUCCAUUCAUACUAUUGCCCUGGAUUUUUGCCCGUUCUCUGGACACUGACCCGUUUCCUCAUUUUGCCUGGGUUUUGCUGCUCUGGCCUGAGUUUUUGAUGCCUUCGGUUGUAAUGUUCACUCCUGCCUCACCUUAUCUAGACUUUCUAAAGACAGUGAUUAGCUGGAUCAGGUGUGAUGGGUUCAGGUUGGAACUAAACUCUGCAGGAUAAACUGUAGAACUGUAGAAAGCGGUGUUGGUCAUCACUAAUUAAUCAAGCAGAGAAGAAACGUAAAUAGCAAUUUAAAAAUCUAACACCAGGUAGAGCUCUUACUUCCAUUAUUUCUCUAUGUUGCUCAGUCUUAGGCCCAAUCCCAUUUCUUCUUUUUACCCAUACCCCUUGUUUUCGAGUGUCACCCUAACCCCUUGGAACUGAGUUACAAGUGCUGGACACUCAAGUCCAGAGUUGUGCACUCCUGAAAUAGUGCUUUAAGUGUCCAUUUGGGAUGCAGCCAUAGGCUACAGGUCUCCCUAUGGGAGGUUUAGUGCACUACUUGAUCGUAAAUAUUGUAUUUUUAGUGCAAUAUUAGGGCCAUUUGAGAUUCAGGGUCAGAUUAGAGGUCACUCACAACAUAUCAGCAGAUUCCACACAGAGCCCCCCACAUGCCAAAAAUGAUAUGUAAUUAUAAAAUAAUAAUAAAUAAAUAAAUAAAUACAGUGAAGUUAGUUAUUAUUUCACUGGAACUGGAACAUCUGAUUUUUUUUUUUGUUAUUUGAAAAUGAAUAAAAUGAGCCGUAUUAAUGUGUAAUAUUAUAUUUUAUUUAUAAAAGGUUGUUUACGAUUUGAAUAAAGAUUUCUUUGAGUCAUAAUGUAAAA